AGGAGGAGCGGCCCCCCGAGCCCCUCCGAGCCCCCCGAGCCCCGCAUGGAGGCCAAGGCGGCGCCCAACGGGGUGGCCACCAUCGAGGACAGGAUCCUGCGGAUCACCGGCUACUACGGCUACUACCCCGGCUAUGCCCGGCACAAAAGAGCCUCCCGGGCAUCGGUCUCGCGGUGCAAGCCCGGAGCCAGCUGCGCCGGCGCCCACGGGAGCAUCAAGCAGCUGUCUCCGCUCACCGCCGCCCAGGACUCGGCCACCCCCAUCCUGGAACUCCAGAGCCGCGGCCCCGCGGGGAUCUGCGGGCUCGGCAGAGGGGAGAGACCCAGCAGAUCCGGAGAGGCCGGGGGCCAGGCCCUGGCGGAGAGCAGCAGCCAGGAGAGCGGAACCAAGACGCCCUGUCGGUCCUGCGCGUCGCUCUUCCUCCAGGUGGUCUGGGGCUUCCUGAUCGUCCUGUCGGUGUCGUCCUCCUGGGUGGGGACCACGCAGAUCGUCAAGAUCACCUACAAGAACUUCUACUGCCCCUUUUUCAUGACGUGGUUUUCCACAAACUGGAACAUUCUGUUUUUCCCGGUCUAUUAUUCCGGACACCUGGCCACGGCCCAGGAGAGACAGUCCCCCAUGAAAAAAUUCCGGGAAUGCGGCCGGAUCUUCGGAGAAGAUGGCCUGACGCUGAAGCUCUUUCUUAAAAGGACUGCUCCCUUUUCUAUUCUGUGGACUCUGACUAGUUACCUGUACUUACUGGCUUUAAAGAAGCUGACAGCCACAGACGCCUCUGCUCUCUUCUGCUGUAACAAAGCAUUUGUCUUCUUGCUCUCUUGGAUUGUGUUGAAAGACAGGUUCAUGGGCGUAAGGAUAGUGGCCGCAAUCAUGGCCAUCACGGGGAUCGUGAUGAUGGCGUACGCGGACGGUUUCCAUGGCGAUUCCAUCAUAGGGGUAGCCUUUGCCGUCGGAUCGGCGUCCACGUCUGCGCUGUACAAGGUCCUGUUCAAGAUGUUCCUUGGAAGCGCCAACUUUGGCGAAGCAGCCCAUUUCUUCUCCACCUUGGGUUUCUUCAAUUUAAUUUUCAUCUCGUUCACCCCGCUCAUCCUGUACUUCACCAAGGUGGAGCACUGGUCGUCCCUGGCGGCGCUGCCCUGGGGCUGCCUCUGCGGAAUGGCCGGGCUCUGGCUGGCGUUCAACAUCCUGGUGAACGUGGGCGUCGUGCUGACUUACCCCAUCCUGAUCUCCAUCGGCACCGUGCUCAGCGUCCCUGGAAAUGCAGCCGUGGAUCUCCUGAAACACGAGGUGAUCUUCAGCGUCGUGCGCCUGGCCGCCACCGUCAUCAUCUGCCUGGGCUUCCUGCUCAUGCUGCUCCCCGAGGAGUGGGACGAGAUCACCCUGCGCUUCAUCAACAGCCUCAAGGAGAAGAAGGGCGACGAGCUGGGCGACGAGGCGGCCGAGGCCGGCGCCCCCCUCCGGAGCCGGGCCCGGGCCAACGGCGCCGUGGCCAUCCCCCUGGCCUAGCCCGCGCGGGAAUGCACGUGAAUGUAUAUUCUGUGAAUAUGACAUAUAACUGUCUCCCUCCCUGUAUGCGCAAGUGAAGCCGGACGAGUCCCGCGUGAAACGACCCAGCGGACGGUUUCAAUUUUACGCGGAAGCGCGCGUAGAGAGCCACAAUACAUUUCGUAUGAAAACGCAA